AUGCACAACGAACGCUUCGAGCGGUACUACAAGACUCAGAAGAUUCUGCCGGAGGGCGAAUGGGAGUCGUUCUUGGAGGCUAUGAGAACUCCGCUUCCUACGACGUUUCGGGUGACUGGGAGCAGACAAGCGGCACGUCUGCUGAACGACACGAUCAAGGAGGUUCACGUACCGCAUAUGGCUAACGUUGUCUUCGAGGGCGAAGCAGUGCCUCCACCGACCCAAAUUCCUUGGUACCCAGAAGGGCUUGCUUGGCAGCUGAAUGUAGCGAAGAAAGUCGUCCGGAAGUCGCCACAGUUCAAGAAGUUUCAUUCGUUUCUGGUAUACGAGACCGAAGUGGGCAACAUAUCUCGGCAAGAGGCCGUCAGCAUGCUCCCGCCGCUCUUUCUCGAGGUCGAGCCGCACCACAGGGUCAUAGACAUGUGUGCUGCACCAGGUUCCAAGACCGCUCAGCUUCUAGAAGCCAUCCACGCGCACGACAGCAUGAACGCAUCGUCCUACCCGAGCGGGUUGCUCAUCGCCAACGACAGCGACUACAAGCGCACGCACAUGCUCAUCCACCAAUCUGCCCGCCUCCCCUCGCCCGCGCUCAUUGUCACCAAUCACGACGCGUCCAUCUACCCCGCGAUCAAGAUCCCUUCAGAACAGAUCAUCUUUCCGUCGGCCACAAAACCUCGUAUCGCCGCCAAGAAACAGUACCAGCUCCUGUUUGACAGGAUAUUGUGCGACGUGCCGUGUAGCGGAGACGGUACGCUCCGGAAAAAUGUCGCGAUAUGGAAGCAUUGGCAGCCCAUGGAUGGGAAUGGCCUGCAUAGCCUGCAGAUUCGCAUUCUUGAACGGGCAAUGCGCAUGCUGAAGAAAGGCGGGCGGAUCGUUUACUCGACUUGUUCAUUGAACCCAGUUGAGAACGAGGCGGUGGUAGCAGCGGCUCUCAAGUCAAUACCCGGGUUCGAACUGGUCGACAUGUCAAGUCACUUACCCGCCCUUGUCCAUCGCCCAGGGAUGACUACCUGGAUCCCUACGGUCGACCGCAAUAUCACGACGGACUUCCUCACCUACAAGGACUACUGGGACUCUCUUUCAGACGAGAAGCGUAAGCAGAGCAAAAUGCUGGAGUCCCACUGGCCGCCUACGUCAGAAGAAACAGAGAAGUUGAAUCUGCCCCGAUGUAUGCGGAUAUAUCCUCACCUGCAAGAUACAGGCGGGUUCUUCGUCGCGGUACUGCAGAAAAUCCCCCCACCAGCGACGAGUACUCAAGAUGUAGCCAAAAGCGACGGCAAACGGCACGCAGAUGCUGUUGAUGGAUUGGAAACUUCCACUGUCAAAAAGCCAAAGCUCGCGACUGAGCCGGUUCCGACGACGGAGGAAGCGUCGGACGUCCAGACGACCGACGACAUCGACGAAGAGCUCCCGGAUGAAGCCGCCGACGAGGGUACUUCCAGCUCCGCCACCAACUCCAUUUCCCAGACAACGCCUGUGAUCAGUCCAGAAGAGUUCAAGAAGCAGCAGAAAGGGAAGAAGCAGAAGGGGGAUGGAGGCGCUGUUCACUUCAAAGAGAACCCCUUUACCUUCGUCUCCCCCGACGACCCGAUCAUCCAGACGUGCAUGACGAAGCUCCGCCUGCAGCCCUCCUUCCCCGCACAAAAUAUCCUCGUCCGAAACCCGGAGGGCGACGCCGUCCGCUCCCUAUACAUGACGAACGACAUCGUGAAGCACGUUGUACAGCACAACGACUACAUUCGGAUGCGUCUGAUGACAGCGGGCACAAAGGUGUUUGCAAAGCAAGAGGGAGUCGAGGCGAAGCGGGAGGGCGUUGAGGCGCAGUUCCGGGUGCUUGCAGAAGGACUCCCCGUCGUGCUGCCGUACAUCGAGCCCGAAGCGAUCAUCGAGGCCGAUGUGGGUGCGCUGAAAAUCCUGAUGGAGGCAUACUAUCCGCUGUCUUCUGGGUUUGCGGAGCCGUUCAAGUCGCUCAUCGAGUCAAAAGCGACUGGCAGCUAUGUUGUCCGGUUCCCCCCGGGGCAAGUGCACAAUGCAACACUGACGCAUGAGCUGGUCCUGCCCAUAUGGAAGUCCAACGUAUCGUUGACACUGAUGAUCGACAAAAAAGCUAAGAGCGCGUUAAGCUUGCGUUUAUUUGGCGAGGAUAUCACAGCAGCAGCCAAGGACGCAGCUCGAAAGAAGUCGGAAGCAUCAGCACCUGCCACCGAUAAUGCAGAUGCCGCCGAUGACGCAAUAACGGUAGACGAAGUAACGAUCGACGAUAGCCUCCUCAGUAAGGUCGAUGAUACAGCAGGGACCGAAUAG